UUUAAUUCUCACUCUUUAUUAGUGCGCAUUUUGUGAUAUCACUCGUGUAGGCAUGAGUUUCCAAAAGAAGCCCAUAGUUAUAGAUGCACAAGGCCAUCUUCUUGGUCGUUUGGCCUCCGUUGUGGCCAAAACACUGCUCAAUGGUCAGAAAGUAGUCGUAGUACGGUGUGAAGGCAUCAAUAUAUCAGGAUCGUUUUAUCGAAACAAAUUAAAAUAUCUUGACUUCCUCAGGAAGCGGAUGAACACCAACCCAUCGAGAGGUCCAUAUCACUUCAGAGCACCCGCAAAAAUAUUCUGGCGUACUGUCCGUGGUAUGCUUCCUCACAAGUUAUACCGUGGAAAACAGGCUCUUGACAGACUCAAAGUUUUUGAAGGCAUACCUCCUCCAUACGACAAGAAGAAGCGCAUGGUUGUUCCUUCAGCUUUACGAGCAAUCCGGUUGAAGCCAGGACGAAAGUUUUCUGUAUUAUCUCGUUUGUCUAACGAUGUCGGGUGGAAGUAUAAGAAUGUAAUCGAAAAGAUGGAGAAUCGUCGGAAAGCCAAGGCAGCUGUCUGGUAUAAAAGGAAGAAGCUUCUGAAGAAACCGAGCGAGGUUGUCAGAGGACGAGCUAAAGAAGCGAUUGCACCAUAUCAAGCAAUCCUUAAACAGUAUGGUUACUCUUAGACUUGUAUAUUAUGAGGCUUUACAAACACAUCUUUUACGGAUAAUCACAGGCUUUUAUUUUGUUAAUGAAGCUUAGUGCUGUUGUUUGUAGCUUAAAAUUUAAGCGGGUCCAAGACUAAUCAGGAUUAUUUGGUUGUCACAAAAAUAAGUUGUAAUGAGCUGUUUUUGUUAUCGACUAGGGAAUAGUUAAUCAAAAAAAUAGUUAUCUUUUCAUUUGGGUGGGUGACUAAUUCUUUGUAUGCUUCCAUUAUGGGUUUACUUCGUGGAGUCUGUCGCAAUGCAGGGUUUGUUUAAAAAUCACAGUCUUUUGGAAUGAAUAGGAGAGCAUUAGUCAUGGCGACUCCUCUUGGAUUGACGAGACUUAUUGAAACGUGUCUACCGAGAAUCUGAUGUUUAUUGACUGCAUGUCGGAUACUUUACUUGAACUCACUCGUUUGCAAACGGAGGGUGGAUAUCGCCAUUCACAUGCUAAACUUUUUCUGUAGCUUCAAUUUCCUUCAUCAGGAGUUACCCCACUUG